UUAGGAUGGUUAGUGAUUUUGAUAUUAAAUUCAUGCCAUUAUCAAGGAUAAAUAAGGGAUAAAACGGGUACUUAAGGAGUGCCAACAGUGGUUGAAGUUGAGUCAUUGGACACAUGGAAGUGGUUCUUGCAAACUCUGAAGGACGAUUUGGGAAUUGACAAUACUUUUCCAUGGACUGUCAUGACUGAUAAACAAAAGGGUCUUAUUCCAGUAGUUGAGCAAGUAUUUCCUGACUCGGAGCACAGGUUUUGUGUGAGGCAUUUGUGGUCCAAUUUUAGAGAUGCAGGAUUUAAGGGUAACGUUUUGAAGAACCAACUAUGGACUUGUGCAAGAUCAAGCACUGUGCCAAGGUGGAAUCACAAUAUGGACAAAAUGAAGGAAAUUGAUCAGCAAGCAUUUGAGUGGUUGGAAAAGAUGCCACCUAAGACUUGGGUAAGAGCAUUUUUUUUCUGAAUUCCCUAAGUGUGAUCUGCUCUUGAACAACAGUUGUGAGGUUUUCAACAAAUAUAUUUUAGAGGCUAGAGAGAUGCCUAUCCUGAGUAUGCUGCAAAGGAUCAAACAACAAUUGAUGACCAGGUACUACAGCAAACAACUGGAAGCAGUGAAAUUUGUAGGCACCAUUUGUCCUAAGAUUAGGAAAAAAGUUGAAAAAAAUGCAGAGUAUGCUAAUGUUUGUUAUGCAGUUCCUGCUGGAAAAGGGAUAUUUCAAGUGGGUGAGAGAGAAAAGCAAUACAUUGUAGAUAUCUUCAAAAAGGAAUGUGAGUGCAGAAGGUGGCAGCUAGCAGGCAUUCCCUGUCAACAUGCAAUCUCAUGCCUGAGGCAUGAAAGGAUUCCACCAGAGAGUGCUGUGCAUGAAUGUUAUUCAGUUGACACUUUCAAUAGAGCAUAUGAAUCAAUUAUCUUCCCAUGUAAAGAUAUGGCCACCUGGGAGAAAGUGAAUGGUCCUCAAGUGUUGCCUCCUGUAUAUAAGAAGAAAGUGGGAAGAUCACGUAAAUCUAGGAGAAAGCAACCAUAUGAAGUUAAGGGAACACAUGGAACAAAGAUGAGCAUACAUGGAGUGAUCAUAAGAUGUGGAUAUUGUAAGGGUGAAAACCACAAUGCAAAAGGUUGUUCCUUGAAACAGAAGGGAUUAAGGCCUCAUGACAUUGUUCCUGAUGUGCCUCCUAUUGCCGAAGAAGAGUCUUUUCACAAUGACAAUGUGGAUGUGCCUCCAUAUGAUGUCCAGUUGCAUGAAGAGAUCCCAAUGACUGCCAAUGCAAGUCAGCCUACUGUGUUAACACAAGAUAGCCAUCAAGAUAGUCAGCCUGCUAUGUUACUUUCACAGAUGACAUCCACCAUGCUCAUGAGAAUGAUGGAACAGGGUGCGCAGUCAGGCUACUCCAUUCUGCAUGCUGGGCCUCUGCCUCACUCCAACUUCAUCAGCUCAAACCAAUCAGUGCCAAGGCCAGCUGCUCUAACAACAGCUACCAAAGAAGGGAAGACUGCUGCAAGGAAGAGGAAAGAUCCCAAGGAAGGCAAGGCUGCACAACCUAGGGCCACAAGAAGCAGGAAGCAAGCUUGAUGUGAAGACAUCUCAUCUUUUGUGAAUACAAGGGAAACCCACACCUUUUGUAAAGGCCACUGUUCUUUUGUGAUCUCAAUUGUGCAAAACCGAGUCACAUGUACAUAUGCUUUAGAUCAGUCCUCUCAAAACCUUUAGAGAUGAAGUUUAUGAUCUACAUAUAUCCUCUCAGAACAAUUAGAGAUGAUAUUUAUGGCCUACAUUUGUCCUCUCGGAACAAAUGGAGAUGAUAUGUAU